AUGCACUCUUCAGGUCGGACUGCAAUGAGUGGACUGAGGUCUUCUGGGCUGCUGGGGCUUGUACUCUUAAUGCUCUCAGCAGGAUACUGCAAAGAAAAAACAGACUCCACAGAUUUGAAGGACAAACAAAGUCUCUUAAAUGUCAUAAUGGAGAUUAUUCAGGAACUGAAAAGGUACCACCUGGAGAAGGACAGUGGGAUGCAGUACUUCUCCAAGCAUGACUAUAACUUGGAUCGAAGGGAAGUGGCUGACUACGGAGGGUACCAGGACGAGCAGAGAGUUGAAAUAGUUCCCAGAGAUCUGAGGAUGAAAGACAAGUUCUUGAAGCAUUUAACAGGUCCACUCUACUUUAGUCCAAAAUGUAGCAAACACUUUCAUCGGCUUUAUCACAAUACAAGGGAUUGUACCAUCCCAGCAUACUAUAAAAGAUGUGCCAGGCUUCUUACUCGAUUGGCAGUAAGCCCUAUGUGCAUGGAAGGAUAAAGAUGUUAUUACCACUACAAGGAACACUAAGAACCAAGAGAAGUGCCUUGGAAACCAACAGGGAAACAGAACUUACUACCUUUUAGCGAAUUCCAUUGUGAACAAGAGAUUUAUUUUUGCAGAUUGACAGACUACUUCCCAUAAUUCUUUUAACAUGCAUUUUGUAUGUCAUUGACAGUUUGCAGAUUGACAUUCUUUACAGUAGUGUAACUGCCAGUAGUACUUAAUGCUCCAUACUUUAAAACACACUACAAUUGAUGUGUAAUGCUGCCAAAAAUUAUGUAAACACAGAUAUUUCACCAAGAAAAUUCAUGUUCUGUUGCUUAAUUCUACAGUUUUAAGGAAUGUUUGUUUGUAUAUCUAGAACUACUAAAGAUCUGCUCCACAGUAGUUGUGGUCACUUGAUAUCCUUCAUGCUUAUGCAAUUUUUUAAAAGUUUGGUUAAAACAGACUUGCAUUGGGGUCACAUUGUACCCUGGAGUACAAACUGCAUGACAAACAGGAAUGUUAUUCCAAGUAGACAUACUUUUUGGGACAGUGGAGCAUGGAUUUUGUACACAAACACAAGCUGCCAUUAAUUUACUUUAUAUAAUAAAUGUAUAAAACAUUCCAGCGAACGUGCAAUAUGUAAAUACUGUAAAUAACAAGCAUAAGUAAUAAAGUGUUUGGUAUUAA